UUGUAGAAACGCAGGCAGUGCCGAAUGGCACAGGAGCUCUUCUUCCGGCAGAAGUUGUGUCCUCCCUGUCUGUCCUUGCAAGAAGAGGCUGGUGUUCAGCUCCACCCACCAGCUGUAUAAAAGAGCCGCCCUGACAGCCUCAGGAAGGCCCAGCUCUGCUCUGCCCACAGCCAUGAGCCUGCGUCUUUCUGGUCUACUCUUCGUCCUGGUGGUCGCGUUGCCUUCAGGCAGCGGCCUGUUCGGGAACAGGGGCGUGCAGGUCCGCACCUGCACGAAGCUCCACGGCCUGUGCUUCUUUGGCUGCAAACCAGGAUGGACGUGGGUCGCGUUCUGUCACAACAUACUGUCCUGUUGCACACAGAAUAAAGUAUUUCUACCUCCCCAGAGCAAGGAGGUGUGA